AACUCCGACUCUUUCGUUUCGCUCUUUCCCCGUCACUUGUCGUUCUUGGAGGGUGGCGAAAUCGAAAUCAGGUACGCGAUCCUUCUCCCGAGCAAAAAAUUCUAGGGUUUCAUCGUCCCAUUCCUCUCCCGUACGAAUCCCCUUAUUAGGUUUUCUCCUCGCGACGAAGCUCUUCGUUGGCCCUAACCCUAGACGCCCCUCCGAGGGCUUCUAGGGUUUCGUCGCUCUUCGCAUGUCUUCGGAUCCCCCCAUGUCCGCGCCGGCGCCGGCGCCGGCCCCGGGUGGCGCCCGUGGUGGCGUCGACCUCAAUUUGUCGGGAGCUGCGUCCGAAACCCUAGCCGAGAACCUGAACGCGUCGGAGGCGGAGAAGAUCGCCGGGGAAGACGCCAGCGCUGAGAAUCAGGGGUCGGGAGACGAGAAGAUGGCCGGAGAAGGCGGGGCCGUCGGUGGGAAGGAAAUUGGGAACGAGGGGAGCGUCGUGCCGGAGCAAUCGGUGCGGAGGGGAAGAGGUAGGCCGAGGAAAUUCGCUCCUAAGGCGGAGACCACUCCGCUCCCGACCCCCUCCUUUCCAUUUCAGGAUGAGAGGAAGGAUGUGUUUGCUGUUAAUGAUUUGGUGUGGGGGAAGGUGAAGAGCCAUCCGUGGUGGCCUGGUCAAAUCUUCGACCACUCGUCGGCUUCGGAAAUGGCAUUGAAGCGCCAGAAGAGGGAGGGCUUCUUGGUUGCUUACUUCGGGGACAAGACCUUUGCUUGGAAUGACGAGUCGCUGUUAAGGCCCUACCAAGCCCACUUCUCCCAGAUGGAGAGGCAGAGCCCUUCGGAGGCGUUCGUUGCGGCUGUGAAUGACUCGUUGGCGGAGGUCUCGAGGCGUGUGGAGCUGGCGUUGACGUGCCCCUGCUUUGCUGUUGAAGCCCUUAAGGGCAAGAAGGUCGAGAAUGCCGGGAUUCAAGAGGGGACGCUGGCACCUGAUUCCGAUAGCUCCUUUAUUGCGGAUUCGUUUCAGCCCGAGAGGUUUCUUGAGUAUGUUCAAGAUUUAGCUCAGUCCCCGGCUGUGGUUGCCGAUAGACUAGAGCUGGCGGUAAUUAAGGCUCAGUUAAAGGCGUUUAAUCGCUCCAAGGGUUAUCCCGAUCUUCCCGAGUUUGUAAGUGGCAGUGAGUUCGGUGGUGACGCGGAGGGUCCGUCUACUAAGAAGGAUAGUCCCGGUAAAGAUGCAGCUUCUGAUUCAGCGUCUGGCAAGGGGAGGAAGAGGGGAAGGGAGAGCUCGUCCAGCAAGCGGAAGCAGAUAUCUGAGGACGGUAGGAAGAAGAAGAGAUUAUCUGAUCUGAUGGAAGAGAAUGAUACCCCUCCUCGUUCUUCAUCUCGUCGCAGACGUCUCAGGAAACGAGAAGCAGAAGACUUUGAUUGGACUCCCUCCGGUGAGAUUAAGGAGAAAAGACUUGACUCUUUGGGAGAUUUAGAUUACGAGUCGCUUUCUUCCGACCGUGAAAGGAAAUCCAAGGUUGGAGCGAUAAAAUCUCCCUUAGUUUCCAGUGUUAAUGGUGAGACAUCUCAAAAGAGACCUCGGGGACGGCCUAGAAAAAAUGCUAUUGUUGGCGAUCCUCGUAUGAACAUUGAAACUGAGAAAGUGAAACAAGGUGCUGUAUGGGAGUUGUCUUCUUCUGGUGAGAUGCUGUCGCAGCUCUGUUUAGCUGCGGCAGGUCCGAUGAGAGAAUACAAUUCUCUAUCGAUGAUUGUUAGGUUUUUCACUGAUUAUAGGGAUUUUUUGGCAUCUGGUUUCUCUGACGAUGACGAGCUUCUGGGGAUGACUGGAAUUAAAAAGGAUAGGAGAAAAUUGGCUGACUCCAAGUCUGCUUCUUUGGAUGUGUUUGAACGUGGACAUAUACAGGAUUUCAAGUCCUCUUCCUUGGAUGUGUCUGCACCUGGACAUAUACAGGAUUCUUAUUGGUCUGAUCUUGUAAUUACUGAUAGUGCUGACGAUCAAACAGCAUCCAGUGGCCAGAGGAAGAAAGGAGGAUCCAAGAUGAAGACGGGGGAGAAGAAGACGGAGGACGAGCAGCCUCUCAUCGAACCUUCAUCUAUUUUCUCUGUUCCAAUGUUAGACCCAACACUACAUUUUGGUCCUGAAAUUCCUAAUAUUGGCCAAGAAGUGGCUGCUAAAAACUCGAUUAAUAUCAAUGAAGACAAAGUUGAGGAGUGCAUGCCAACUGCGCUAAUUUUGCAUUUUAGUGGGUCGCAUGCUCUUCCAUCUGAAAGUGAUCUCAUUAAGAUUUUCAGCCAAUAUGGACCUCUCAGGGAAGCAGAAGCGGAAAUCCUUAAGAAAUCAAGCUGUGCUAAAGUUGUUUUCAAGAGGAGGACAGAUGCAGAGUUAGCAUUCAGUAGUGCAGGAAAGUUUAGCAUUUUUGGACCAUCGCUAAGCAGUUUCAAGCUUAGCUACUUGCCAUCAACACCAAAACCUUCCCAUGAGGUUCCAGUUCUUCAUGAAAAUGCUGAAGCUGUGUCUGAUGCUAUGCAUGUUGAAGCAAUGGUCAAUGUGUCCCCAGCGUGAGCUGUUUGUAUUAAGAGGCUGAACUGUUAAGAGGAUGUUUUUAGACUAUCCAAGUUAGAUGUAGAUGUUGAAUCAGGUACGCUGACUGUUGGAUCCUUUUCAAUGUAUCUUCAGCUUCUUACUGCCUUGUAGUAACAGAAAUUACUUGUUUUCUGUUCUAAUGUAGCUGUUUGUAGAGCAAUAUAUAGGAAAUGUACAAGUGACGUGGGCUGUUGGUUCAUCAAAUUUGCCCCUGCUGACUGACCAAGGUUUUUGAAAUUGCUUAAUUUUCAUCUAGUAGUUCUAGCAUACCUUAAGGUUUGUAUAAUCAGGAAAGUUGUGAUCUAGUUUAACGAAGUUGAGCACUUUCUGAAACUAUUUGUGUGUGGGUAGGACUAAGCCAAUUGGUAUGACCCACUACUAAGGAUUUACUAUAUGGAUCUUCUAAUUAGCUUUGUUUGCUGUAUGGAUCUUCUAACAAGAUAAGCAAAGGCAUAUGAAAAUUAAGGACAUUAGCCAGUUAUUAUAUGGUCACUAUACCAUAUGUAAGGUCACUUCUCUGUGAUCACUUAAUGGCUUUCGAUAUGUUUUAAAAUUUCAUCUGUUGGACAAUGAUGAUUCUUGUAUCUUAGGUUGAUAUGAUAUGCUUUUUCCAUUAA